AUUAUCGGGGAUGUUAGUACUUUGCCUCUGAAGCAACCAUCGUGAUGCUAUUUAAUGCGUCACCACUGGUCAUCCUGAUUGAACUGGCAGCUGCACUGUGGUAUAGUUCGGCGGCUGCAAAGCUAGUGUUACGUCAUGACAGUUCAUUGGACUGACCUCAUGAUUAUCCUCACGGGGUUGUUUUAUAUAAAAUGCGUUACGUUUGUCUUGCUACGUGGUAUUAGUAGUCUACCUUUCACCCGGCACACCAUGUUCCGUCUUUCUACGAGAGUGCUUGCUGCGAGAGGUUAUCAUCUUUCAUUGCGUUCAAGCUGCAUCCGCAGCUGCAUCGGAACAAGUUACCACCACUCAUCGUCUUCCGGGCAUACCACCCAGGAAGAUGUUCUUCGUAUCGGAAAAUUUGUGCUGGGUUCCUUGCUUGCGAUGGGGACAAGUUAUUAUAUCUUCCAGUACCGCGAACCCAGAUUGAUACCAGCAAGACUGGAGACUGGUGCUACUACUACCAUCCAUGCUACAUCUGGUGAGCUCGAAGAGCUGUCACCUGCACACCUCCAGAGAAGGGGCUCAGACGAGCUAUCCAGUGCAGGUGGUGCAGGAGACAUAACCGAUGUGUUCGGGAGCUCCUCAUUCUCAACGCCCACCUACGGGUCUCCCGAAGACGUUCAAAAAGCAAUUGAGGAACUACGCGACGCCCUCCCCGGCAAGAAUCGCGUUCAGACCAGUCCAGAUUCCCUCCGAGUGCAUGGCUCCUCCGACCAUUCGUAUCACCCGAGUUGUCCUCACUCGGUUGUAGUCAUGGCAUACAGCACGGAUGACGUGGUAAAAGUCGUCAAUAUCUCUCGCAAGUACAAGGUUCCCAUCAUUGCGCUCGGCGGUGCUACGAGUAUAGAGGGCCAUUUCACCGGUUUUCCUUCGGGUAGCAUAUGCCUUGAUCUGUCUGCGAUGAAUAGCAUUUUGGAAAUAAAUGAGACUGAUGGUGAUCUGCGGUGUCAGCCUGGAGCAAAGUGGGAAGACAUAAACAAUACACUAAAAGACAGGGGCAUUCCUCUAUUCUUCCCUCUUGACCCAGGUCCUGGAGCUACCAUCGGCGGCAUGAUUGGUACAGGGUGUUCAGGAACCAAUGCAGUCAGAUAUGGAACUGCUAAAGCAGAAUGGUUUCUCAAUAUCACGGUCGUCCUUCCAUCUGGCAAAGUGAUCAAGACCCGUCGACGGGCGCGCAAGUCUUCCGCUGGCUUCGAUACUACUAAACUUUUCAUCGGUGCUGAAGGAACGCUUGGAAUAGUCACAGAGGCUACAUUGCGAUUGGCUCCUAGAGUACCCACUAAAGUUGCUAUGGCACAGUUCCCUGACGUCGAAAAAGCGGUCAGCGCCGUUCAGCAGAUCCUUAAUACUCCACACGGUCCUCAUAUACAAUGCGUGGAGCUGUUGGACGAUCACAUGAUGGCAGCCAUUAACACUGCUGGGUUGGUUGAUGCUCCUUAUCCGGUGCAGGAUACUCUCUUCUUCAAGAUUCAAGGAUCCCCUGAAUCUAUCCGUGACACUUCCAAUGUCGUGCAAGAGAUUGUACAACGUCAUGGCAGUACUCGAUUUGAAUUCGCGGCAACAGAGGAGGAGGCAGGUGAGAUGUGGGAAAAUCGAAAAUAUGCUCUCUUCUCGACGUUGGCGACACAACCUGGUUCAAAGGUUUGGACAACUGAUGUAUGCGUGCCGGUUUCCCGACUUCCGCAGCUAGUCUAUGAAACCAAAGAGGAUCUUGCUAAGGCUGGUUUGAAAUCGACUAUUGUCGGACAUGUUGGUGACGGUAACUUCCACGCACUCAUUCUAUUCAAAGAUGAAGAAGAACUGCGGAGCGUCGGUGAAGCGGUUCACAGAUUGGUCCAUCGCGCCAUCCAGAUGGAUGGGACAUGUACGGGCGAACACGGUGUAGGGGUAGGCAAAACGGAGUAUCUUGUGGAAGAACUGGGCGAGGAUACUGUGGAACUGAUGAAAACCAUCAAAAAUGCCAUCGAUCCUUUGAACUUGUUCAAUCCUGGAAAGUUGUACCCAGAAAAUAACAAGGACAAGAUGACUUGAUCGCCGGUGGCGUAAAUUAACGGACCCUCCAAUGCUCGGAGUCCGAGGACAGCUUACUUCUUAGAUAACCUUCUUGAAUUAUACGGUGGCUGAAUCUUUCUUACACUGGAGAAGCGUUAGCCUUAAGACGACGUGGGUACCAAACUGGAAACCUUAGAUUCAGCGAAACAGCAGUCUUGCACAUCAGGAAAAACCUCCUGGCAAAAAUUUCGAUAAUCUUUGAUAAAAUCCAAGAAUUAGGUCUAAUUAGCAGCCUUAGGAGAAUUAGGAAGAUUAUAUAGUUUAGAAGGACUUUUUAAC